CCAAGCCACUUCGCACUGGAUGUCCUGCCUUUAUAUCGCGACCUGCUAGACUCUGCGGCACCCUACAGCGGAACGACUGCCCACGACUGAUACUGCCAUCUACAUCGUAUAACCUUCCCAGUGUACACUCUGAAAUUCGUCUCACGCAAAGGGCCCAGCAUGGCAUCCGACAAUCUGGCCACAGCCGAGGCGCAAUGGCGAGAGCAGUUCGCCGCGAUGCGGGCAGCCCUCGCAGAGCUCAAGCUCCCGCCUCAACCCCCCAAGGAGGCCCAGGACGACUGGGACGGCGACGAUGAUUUUGAGGGGUACUCUUCGGAGAACAGAGGGCAGGAUGUAUGGGACUUCAUCUCCGACGACGACCAAGACGAGUACAGCAGCGACUUUGUUGAGCCCGACGGCGUUGGUGAUGCGUCUACCUUUGGCCCGGACUGGCUCGCCGCAAGGUGCUCCGAGAUUGCUGUCAAGAACGGCCUCGCAUCCGACGUCUUCCAGUCUCAGAUUACCGGUCUGCUCUCGUCCGACCGCCCCGAGCAGGAGCUGCAGGCCGAGCUCACCGACCUGGUCGGCUUCGAUGACCUCGACUUCAUCAUCGAAGUCCUCGCUCACAGGGACGAGGCCCUGGCCGGGAUAUCGGCUCAGGACCAGGCAUCCAGCUCCGUUCCACGCAUUUUGACCAAAGCCCAGCGCGAGGAAGCCCUUCGCCAGCAAGACGUCAGGCACAAGACGGCCGCCCUCGCCCCCAGCUAUGCCAAGGAGCCGCAAUACCCGCACGUGUACAAAUCCUAUCACGCGGGCAAUACGCUGAGCUCGACUGGGCAAAAGUACAGCCUUCCUGUUGGCACUGAACGCCAUCAAUUUGACAAGUACGAAGAGUACUCCGUCCCCGCAGGUCGCAAAGGCACGCCCGGCCCUGGCGAGAAGCUCGUCAGCAUUUCGGCCCUCGAUGGGCUUUGCAGAAACACCUUCAAGGGCUACAAAAACUUGAACCGUAUGCAGAGCCUUGUGUAUCCCGUCGCGUACAAGACCAACGAGAACAUGCUCAUCUGCGCUCCUACCGGUGCAGGCAAAACUGACGCCGCCAUGCUCACGAUUCUUCACACCAUCGGGCAUCACGUCUACCCAAACCCGAUGGAGGACACCGCGGCGACGGAGUUUGCCGUUGACAUCGACGACUUCAAAAUUGUCUAUGUCGCUCCGAUGAAGGCGCUGGCUGCCGAGGUGACCGAGAAGCUCGGCAAGCGUCUCGCGUGGCUCGGCAUCAAGUGCCGCGAGUACACCGGAGACAUGCAAUUGACCAAGGCCGAGAUUGUGCAGACACAAAUUAUUGUCACCACGCCCGAGAAGUGGGAUGUUGUUACAAGAAAGGGCACUGGUGACACGGAGUUGGUUCAAAAGGUCAGGCUCCUGAUCAUCGAUGAAGUCCACAUGCUCCACGACGAGCGAGGUGCCGUUCUGGAGUCGCUCGUCGCUCGAACCGAGCGUCAGGUGGAGAGCACUCAGUCUUUAAUCCGCGUCAUUGGCCUCAGUGCCACCCUACCCAACUAUGUCGACGUCGCCGAUUUCCUCAAGGUGAACCGAUAUGCCGGCAUGUUCUACUUUGACGCCUCGUUCCGCCCUGUACCCCUGGAGCAGCACUUCAUAGGAGUCAAGGGCAAAGCCGGAUCCAAGCAGUCCAAGGAGAAUCUCGACAACGUGGCCUUUGACAAGGUCAAGGAAAUGCUCGAAAGGGAUCAUCAAGUCAUGGUGUUCGUGCACUCGCGCAAAGACACCAUGGUGAGCGCCAGGAUGCUGCACCAAAAGGCCAUUGAACACAUGUGCAUGGACUUGUUUGACCCUAGUGGCCAUCCCAGAUUCGAACAGGCGGCGAGGGAUAUGAAGUCGUCUCGGUCCAAGGAUAUUCGAGACCUCUUGUCCAAGGGCAUCGGCAUCCAUCAUGCGGGUAUGGCACGAGCGGACCGCAAUCUGAUGGAGCGGCUCUUUGGCGAGGGCGUUCUCAAGGUUCUCUGCUGCACGGCCACGCUCGCCUGGGGUGUCAACUUGCCUGCUGCAGCCGUUGUUAUCAAGGGGACCCAGGUCUACAGUGCCCAGGAAGGCAAGUUUGUCGACCUUGGGAUUCUCGACGUGCUACAGAUCUUCGGUCGCGCGGGUCGACCCCAGUUCGAAGACACUGGUAUCGGAAUGAUUUGUACGACCCAGGACAAGCUGCACCAUUACCUGACUGCCAUCACGGAGCAGCUCCCCAUCGAGUCCAAGUUCUCAACCAAGCUCGUGGAUAACCUCAACGCCGAGAUUGCGCUAGGGACCGUCACCUCUAUUCAGGACGCGGUCCAGUGGAUUGGCUACUCGUAUCUGUUUGUCCGCAUGCAAAGGAGUCCGACUGCGUACGGCAUAGAGUGGGCUGAGAUCAGGGACGACCCUACCCUCGUUCAGCGGCGGCGCCAGCUCGCCAUCCAAGCUGCGCGGACGCUGCAGCAAUGCCAGAUGAUCAUAUUCAACGAGCGCACCGAGGAGCUGCGCAGCAAGGAUAUCGGGCGCAUUGCCAGCCAGUAUUAUAUACUGCACACGUCUAUCCAAGUGUUCAACACCAUGAUGCAGCCCCAAGCCACAGAAGCAGACAUUCUCAGGAUGAUUAGCAUGAGCGGCGAGUUCGACAACGUGCAGUCACGCGACACCGAGGCCAAGGAGCUGACCAACCUUAAAAACGAAAUCAUCCCCUGCGCUGUCGAAGGAGGAAUCGAUACGCCGCAGGCAAAGACUAAUAUUCUUCUGCAAUCGUACAUUUCGCGGCAACAGCCAGAGGACUUUGCCCUCUCCAACGACAUGAACUACGUCGCGCAGCAGUCUGGCCGCAUCUGCCGCGCCCUCUUUAUGCUGGCGCUCAAUCGCCGCUGGGGUCAUCAGUGUCUCGUCCUCCUCACUUUGUCCAAGUCUAUUGAGAAGCGGAUAUGGCCUUUUCAACACCCUCUUCACCAAUUCGACCUGGCCAAGCCUGUGCUCAACCAACUCGACGCGAAAGAGCACUUGACCGUGGAGGCCAUGAAAGACAUGGAGGCCGCUGAGAUUGGCGGCCUGGUUCACAACCACAGCGCUGGAAAGAACAUUGCCAAGAUCUUGAAUCACUUCCCCACAGUCCAUGUGGAGGCUGAGAUCGCCCCAUUGAACCGCGACGUUCUUCGGAUCAAGCUAUAUGUCAUACCAGACUUCACCUGGAGAGACCAUAUACACGGAACAUCCGAGUCAUUCUACAUAUGGGUGGAGAACUCGGACACGUCCGAGAUUUACCACCACGAGUUCUUCAUCCUAAACCAUAGGAAGCUUCACGAUGAUCACGAGCUCAACUUUACCAUUCCUCUCUCGGACCCUCUGCCCACGCAGAUUUACGUGCGUGCCGUCUCGGACAGAUGGCUCGGCGCCGAGACUGUAACGCCCGUGUCCUUCCAACACCUCAUCAGGCCCGACACGGAGAGCGUCUAUACAGAAUUGCUCAAUCUACAGCCGCUCCCCAUCACGGCUCUCAAGAACCCAGGAUUGGAAGAGAUUUACGCCCAACGCUUCCAAUUCUUCAACCCCAUGCAGACUCAGAUUUUCCAUACCCUCUACCAUACAGCCGCCAACGUCCUCCUCGGGUCGCCCACUGGCAGUGGAAAGACGGUGGCUGCCGAGCUGGCCAUGUGGUGGGCAUUCAGGGAACGCCCCAAGUCGAAAGUUGUGUACAUUGCCCCGAUGAAGGCGCUCGUUCGCGAGCGAGUCAAGGAUUGGGGAGCCCGCCUCGCACGGCCCUUGGGCUUGAAACUGGUGGAGCUCACGGGUGACAACACACCAGACACGAGGACGAUCAAGGACGCAGACAUCAUCAUCACCACGCCCGAGAAAUGGGACGGCAUCUCGCGUUCGUGGCAGACGCGAGGCUAUGUCCGACAGGUCAGCCUAGUCAUCAUCGAUGAGAUACAUCUCCUUGCUGGAGACCGCGGUCCGAUUUUGGAAAUCAUCGUCUCGCGAAUGAACUACAUUGCCUCGUCAACGAAGAACGCCGUGCGGCUCCUUGGCAUGUCGACGGCUUGUGCAAACGCUACCGACUUGGGCAAUUGGCUCGGCGUCAAGGAGGGAUUGUUCAACUUCAAGCACUCGGUGCGCCCGGUUCCCUUGGAGCUGUACAUUGACGGGUUUCCAGAAGUCAGGGGCUUCUGUCCGCUGAUGCAGUCCAUGAACCGGCCGACCUUUUUGGCCAUCAAGAACCACAGCCCAGAUAAGCCGGUCAUUGUAUUUGUGGCCUCGCGAAGGCAGACUCGACUGACUGCCAAAGAUCUGAUCAACUUUUGCGGCAUGGAAGACAACCCUCGACGGUUCUUGCGCAUGGACGAGGAGGACUUGCAGCUGAACUUGGCUAGGGUCAAGGACGAUGCGCUCAAAGAAGCCAUCAACUUUGGCAUCGGGCUCCAUCAUGCCGGUCUAGUCGAGUCCGACAGGCAGCUGGCCGAGGAGCUCUUCUUGCACAACAAGAUCCAGAUCUUGGUGGCCACCAGCACCCUGGCCUGGGGGGUCAAUCUGCCCGCCCACCUGGUCGUCGUCAAGGGCACGCAGUUCUACGACGCCAAGAUGGAGGGCUACAAGGACAUGGAUCUGACAGACGUGCUGCAGAUGCUGGGCCGAGCCGGCCGUCCGCAGUUUGACAACUCGGGCGUUGCUCGCAUCUUCACACAGGACUCCAAGAAGGACUUUUACAAGCAUUUCCUCCACACCGGCUUCCCCGUGGAAUCGUCCCUGCACACCGUUCUCGACAACCAUUUGGGGGCCGAGGUGUCGGCCGAAACGAUCUUGACCAAGCAGGACGCGCUCGACUACCUGACGUGGACCUUCUUCUUCCGGAGGCUGCACAAAAACCCCUCCUAUUAUGGACUAGAGCUGUCCGCCGAGGAGCAUAGCUCCAUUGCCGCACAGCAGCUGGCCAACGAGUACAUGGUGGAGAUGGUGGAAAAGUCACUCGGUGAGCUGGCAGAGUCCAAGUGCGUCGAGGUGUUUCCCAACGGCGACGUCGACUCGACGCCGCUCGGCAAGAUCAUGAGCUACUACUACCUCUCGCACCUGACCAUUCGGCACCUGGUUCGGAACGCCAAGGCGCAGGCGUCGUUUCUCGACGUGCUGUCGUGGAUGUGCCGCGCGACCGAGUAUGACGAGCUUCCCGUGCGACACAACGAAGACCUCGUCAACGAGACGCUGUCGUCCAACCUCCCCUUCCCCGGUCAUUCCUUUGGCUUGCCCAUGUGGGAUCCUCACGUCAAGUCGUUCCUCCUCCUCCAGGCACACAUGUCCCGUAUCGACUUGCCCAUCACGGAUUACGUCGGCGACCAGACGAGCGUGCUCGACCAGGCGAUCCGCAUCAUCCAAGCGUCCAUCGAUGUCCUCACCGAGCUGGGCCACUUGUCCAGCUGUCUGCAGAUGAUGAAGUUGAUGCAGUCCAUCAAAUGCGCCCGCUGGCCAAACGACGCGCCGGCUUCGAUCCUGCCCGGCGUCGAACCGGAGUCGGCCAAGGACGACACGUCGCUGGCCAAGAUGAGCACCCUUACGACGCCGCAGGUCCACCAGCUGGCGAAGAAGCUGAGCGUGCCUGCCGCACAGCAGUCGCGCUUCGCCCGCGCCGUCUCCAUUUUGCCCAACGUGUCCGUCUCGCUCAGCGAAGCAACGGCGGAGUCGCUCACCGUGGAGCUGAAGCGGCUCAACCCGCUCGUUGACCGCGACGCGCGCAUCUUUGCGCCCAAGUUCCCCAAGCCCCAGACGGAGGGCUGGUUUGUCGUCGUCGCCGACGUGGAGCGCGACGAGGUCAUUGCCGUGAAGCGCGUGGGCUGGUCCGCGGGCUCGAGUUCCGGUGCCGGCAGGAAGCCCGGCCGGGGAGGCAGCGCGCCGUCGGCCAGGGCCACGAUCCGCCUGCCCGAGCCAGUGGAGGGGCAGAGGCGCAAGAUGGACGUCCUGGUAGUCAGCGACGCGUACAUUGGGCUCGAGUACAGCAUCCCGAGGGUCGACAAGAUGCUACAGACCGGCUUGGAGAAGUAAGACGCCGCUGCGUGAACCAUGUUAUGUGGUAGAUGAUACUGCUCCUAAAAGUACAAUGGAAAUAGUGCCGAUACGUGAUGUGUACACUAUGGGAGCGCUGUAUACAAUAUACAUCGAGGUCUCCUCGGAAAGUCA